UUUGACGCACUACGGUAAAGGGUGGACUUUUGUUGUCUGCUGGAGCUGGAGACAGACAGCUGAGAGUGAAACAUCCGUGUGUGUGUGUGUGUGUGUGUUUGGUGCUUGAAAUUCAGACGCGCUGCACGGCGUCUCGUGCCGAAACCCAAGACGACAACCAAGAAGAGUCACUUGGAUUACUGUCCGCAGAUCUUAAGCCCGAACACAUUAAUUACAAGAAAACUUGAUUUUUUUUUUUUUUUCCUCUGUUGGGGCACAGGCAAAAAUCUCGAAUUUUCACCUUUUAAAAGCAGCAGUCUUCUCGGAAGGGGCCGCACCUUCAGCUGAACAUCAUCCAGUGAUCAUGCAGGAUUGAGGAGACUGAAUCCUGUUGGUGAACCUGGUAUGAAGAUCUACAUGAUCUUCUGGACGUGAAGUUCCACAAAAGUUGCAGAGCUGACGAGAUCAAGGAAGACUGGAAGGCAAGCGAAGAAGCGAACGAAGGAAGGAAGGAGGGAGUUGGUUGGACUGGCUGAAGGGGGAAACCGAAGGGCUGGAUGCAAGCCUUUAUUCAUUCUAGAAGUUCCCAGGUUCCUCAGAGAUGGCCUCCAACUUCAAUGACAUUGUCAAGCAGGGCUAUGUCCGCAUGCGGAGCAGGAAACUGGGGAUCUAUCGGCGCUGCUGGCUGGUGUUUAAGAAGUCGUCCAGUAAAGGACCUCGCAGACUGGAAAAAUACCCUGAUGAGAAGUCAGCCUACAUCAGAGCCUGUCCUAAGCGGCAAGCUGUGGCCAUCGUCUUUACAGAUGACACCUCUCGAACCUUCACCUGUGAAUCAGAGCUGGAGGCUGAAGAGUGGUUUAAGACCUUGUCUAUCGAGUGCCUGGGGACACGUGUUAAUGACAUCAGUCUUGGAGAACCAGACCUCCUGGCCGCUGGAGUUCAGUGUGAACACACAGAGCGCUUUAACGUGUUCCUGUUGCCCUGUCCUAAUCUUGACAUCUAUGGGGAGUGUAUGAUGCAGAUCACGCAUGAAAACAUCUACCUGUGGGAUAUUCACAACCCUCGUACCAAGCUAGUAACCUGGCCGCUUUGCUCGCUUAGGCGCUAUGGACGGGAUGCUACGCGCUUCACCUUUGAGGCUGGCAGGUAUUAUGUUUUUUGUUUUUUUUUUUUGUUGUUUGAUUUUGUGGAUGGCCUGUACACUUUCCAGACACGGGAAGGAGAGCAGAUCUACCAAAGGGUUCAUUCUUCCACUCUAGCUAUAGCUGAGCAGCAUAAGAGAGUCCUCAUGGAAAUGGAAAAAAACAGCAAGCUUUUAUCUAAGGGUUCAGAGGGGACGUCCUACCCCUGCACCCCAACAGCAAUCUUACCACGAAGUGCUUUCUGGCACCACAUCACCGGAUCACAGGCUGGAGUAGACACUGCCAACGGUGAGACUGAACUGUGUAUAGGUGAGCUGUAUAAUACUCAACCAGGAGUGGACACUGACCUCUUCUCUAAACGCCUUCCUCCAGAAAGACACUCAACCCUUCCUGUGGGCCACGGCUGCCCUCAACCCCCCACGCACUACCCCACGUACCCCAGCGAGUGAGCGGCUUUUAGCAGCGAUGAAACCUUCCAGUUUUCACCUCUUGACCUCCCUCCACACUGCACUCUGCCCUACGUUUUUCCAUCAGCUCUUCUUCAGCAAAGGGAAGAUCCAUGCUGCCAUGCUGCCUCAGUUCCCCCUAGCCUGCCAGCGACGCUGAGGGCACUUACUGUGGAAUGAGGGAAUGCACUGUGAAGCUUGAAGCGCUUCAGUUGGAGCAGGGAUCACAUACCCUUAAAACAGACACAAGAGAUGCAACAAAGUGUUGGAGCUGGAUCAGUCGCCUUCACAGUGCAAUAUGGUCACUCUUGCUGGGUUUCUGUGGAAGUAGAGACUGUAAUGUAGGUUCUUCUCAAUAGUUUCUCUUACUCUAACUCUAAUCUCAUGCACGCUCUUCAACCCUAUGCAUGUCCCCUAAGGUAAAGAAUUACGGAAGAGCUACGGAGGGGUUCCUUAGACUCCUGUAGAAGCCUCAACACAAGAGGGUGUCCAACAGACCAUAUCGGCCCGGAGGAAGGUCCGCCAGAGUUCAUCUUAAACAAUUCUGUUCUUCAGUUUGAGUAAU